GCUACCCGUUUGCCCUAACGCGAUUACUCUACCCGCAAUUGUGAAUCGCGCAAUUCGUGCUCAAGAUCAAAUAGUUCACCGACAAAUCGUAUAUAGGUCCGCAUAAGAUGUCCAUGUCAACGUUGAAGACCCCCGUCAUGAACAACUUCGCCAAACGCUGUUACGCCAACAAGGCGGCGGCGCUGUCCAUCAAGGGCCCGCAGGUGCAGACGAAAAAAUUGCCCAACAACUCGCUGGUCGUAGCCGUCCCCGACCAUCCGACCAAGAUCGGUCGGGUGUCGGUGACUUUCUUGGCCGGAUCGCGGUACGAAGAACCGGAAAACGCGGGCAUCGCUCACCUGGUCCGCAGCUCGGCCGGGCUCAGCACCGAGUCGUCGUCCACGUUUUCGAUCAUCCGGAACUUGGGUCACUUGGGCACCAACUACUACGUGACAUCCGACCGCGAGACGAUCACUUACACCAUCGAGGCGCACAAGGACAACCUCGUCAGCAGUCUCAAGUACUACAUUGAAUCCAUUUCGAACCAGACGUUCAAGCCUUGGGAGCUGUCCGACAACUCGAAACGCUUGCAAUACGAACUGCUGACCGUGUCGCCCGAGCUGAGGGUUUUGGACUUGGCACACAAGGCAGCUUACAGGAACUCCCUCGGCAACACUGUGUUCGUGCCCAAAUACAACAUCAAGAAACUGGGAUCGGAACAUCUCUUGUAUUAUGUCAAGAAAAAUUUCACCAACCAAAACGCCAUCAUAUCUAGUGUCGGCGUUGACAUGGACACACUGGUGCACGUUUCGGAAGACUUGUGUUUGCCCAACGGAGACGCAAACUGUUCACCAAAAUCCAAAUACUUUGGCGGGGACCUGAGGAAGUCCAAGCCAUUGGACUCCACCUAUUUGGCCGUCGUUGGCGAAGGAGUAAGCUAUAAAGAUUCGCAAAGCGCCUCAUACGCAGUACUUCAAUACUUGCUUGGCAAAGGAUCAUCAGUAAAAUGGGGAGUUGGACAAGGAGUCUUGGAACAAAAUAUCUUAAAAACAAACUGUUCAGAUAACUUUGCUGUAUCCGCCGUAAACUAUAACUAUUCAGAUUCCGGUCUUUUUGGUUUCCUGUUAGCAUACAACGGCAAAGAUGUCAGUAAUGUAUUAAAGGCUGCGGUACAGAGUCUAAGGAGUCCUACAGUUACUGAAACCGAAGUGAGCAGGGCCAAGAACCAAUUGAUUCUCUCUCUUGUAUCAGCAUCAGAAUCUAGUGCCGGAAUCUUAGAAAAUAUUACUCAUCAAGCUGCCACCACUGGACAAGUAAUUCCAUUUGAAAAGUUAAUUGCUGCUGUUCAAGCAGUUACUGUUGAAGAUGUAAAGAAAGCAGCCAGCAAAGUAGCAGGUAGCAAGUUGUCGUUGGCUGGUUACGGUAAUGUAGCAACUACACCUUAUUUGGAUAAUUUGUAAUUUAGUGUUUAAUUUUAACUUGAACCUUUGUUAGUAAAACAUUAAACUCUAAAUAUACUUUUAUUGUUUUAA